AUGACUAUCAUCAACAUGAAGUUCACGGUGAUUACCUUACUUACGCUGCUUCUAGGAGCUUUGGAAGUGAACAGUUUGAUGUGCUAUCAGUGCGAAAGCUAUUCAUCUCCAGCUGAUUGCGCAUCAAAGGAGAUUCAGACCACGUGUGUAGGUGGGUCAGUCAGAUGUGCCACAGUGGAAGCAAAGUAUGAAAGCGACAGCAUAUCCUCGCUAGUUAUUGUGAAAGGUUGCGCACCUACUGCUGCUUGCGAUGGGGAAAUCGAUAUCUGUGGCCAAGGAGAGGGAAUGGAAUGCGACAUACAGUGCUGUUCAGGAGACUUGUGCAACGGUGAUUACGUUGAAGGAAGUGUUGUGAAGGAUUCCUUCUGCCAUACAUGUGUCAGCAACUCCUCAAUGGCCGACUGCAUUGAGAGUCAAACACAAGAACAAUGCUCUCUCAAGGAAAACCGUUGUGGGGUCAUGUUUGCCCAUCAGGGAGAAAUAUCGUUGUUUCGCAAAGGGUGCAUCCCGGAUGAUUUUUGCUCUUCUCUAUGUCAAAAUGGACACAUUGAAGGCGAUCCAAGUAUCGAGUGCGAAUUAUACUGCUGUGAAGGAAGCCUUUGCAACGAUGAAAAUAUGGGAGCUAAAUGAAUGUCUUGAGAAAGGCAAGCUUUGAACAAGUUUCGUGGUUGUUAAGUGAUUGUGAGAACUUAUUCCCAAGUUUGAAUUAAAGUGUUGCAAUGGUU